AUGCCGAGCGAUGUGCCCGAUAGAACAGCAGGAGGUUGCCGUCGUCCAGGAAAAUCAUGUACAUGGAUGUAUAACGAUGCGUGUCUCGAUGGUGAACGUUGUGCAACAACGACAGUUCAAGAUUCUCUUAGCGAUCAAUUUACGGAGAAUGUCGUCGCAGAAUUGAACAAUACAUAUGGUCUUAAACCAUUCGUUGUCAUUGGCAAAUGGAGUCGAAAAAAGGUCGAUUUCAAUCGAGAAAUCAACCAGGCAACACUCAAUUAUCCUGAAUCUAUCAAUGCUUAUCAAAGCUAUCACAUGAAUCUUGAAAAUGCCAUCAAUCAAAUAAAGCAACAAUAUGGCAAAGGUCUUCUUAUUGAUGUUCAUGGUCAAGGAGUAGGAAACUUUACAAUGGUUGGAUAUCUUUUAGAUAGUGAUCUACUCAACAGAGAUGAUCUUCAAACAACGCUCGGUACUAUUACAUCAAUCGAACAAAUUUGUUCUUUGUCCAAUCGAACUGAAUGCAUUCGAGGAAAAACAUCAUUUGGUACAAUUCUUGAAAGAAACGAACUUGGCAUCGCCUAUCCAUCAAUGGCACAUCCGAAACCAGGAAAUGGUACUUUCUUUGAAGGUGGUUAUAUAACACGCAAUUAUAUUUCAAAGAUAAAUGCUAUUCAAACCGAAUUACCAUAUAGUAUGCGUGCUGGCACUUAUAAACUUGCGAAUGCUAUCAAAUAUGCACGUACUCUUAUUGAUUAUAUGACAGUGAAUAAUAUACUGUUGAAAAAGCAACAACGACAUCAAUUCUAUAAUUAUGAAUUAAGUAAUAAAGAAAACAAUUUAUUACAGUCAAUGACUAAUACGAAUGAACAAGUAAUCACUUGUAUCGAAGAUUUAUCUAAUGAAAUCUUUUAUAAUAUUUUUGAUUAUCUUAAUGGAUGUCAUUUGUAUGAAUCAUUUGUAAAUCUUAAUACACGUUUUCAAAAUCUUCUCAUAAAAUCAUUUUUACCUCUUAAAAUAAAUAUUGAUUCUAAACAUGAAAUAAUCAUUGAACAUCUAUGUAAGAAUAUUAUCAAUCGAAAUAAAUCUCGUAUUAUUUCACUUCAUUUGUCAACUACAAUAGCUUCUAAACAAUUUUUAAAAUUAGUCACUAUCAAUUCAUUAUUCAAUCGUUUACAAUCACUUGUUAUUAACGGUAUUGUUGAACAUAAACUUCAAUUACUUCUUAAACAAUUAACUUGUUUACCACGUUUGUGUUCAUUGAAUAUUUUUGUUAUUGGUCAAUUAGAAUCUUUCAAUACGAUCUAUAAAUUAAUUUUUCGUUUACCUUUUUUAAAAUAUAAUACUCUAUCCUAUGGACCAUGGCGAGCACCUAUUACAUUACCAGUCGCUAGAAAUGAACAGUUUAAUUAUAUCGAAUAUUUAAAUAUCGGUAUAAUUAUAACUCUCGUUGAAGUCAUUACUAUACUUUCAUACACACCUAAAUUACGUCGUUUAACUUGUCAACAAUUGUACGGUUGCAGUCAAUAUAUCUCAACAAGAGAUAUAAUUAAAUUACCUUAUUUGACACAUAUAAAUUUUGAUCGAUGUCGUUUACGAUUUUCUGAAUUUGAAUUAUUUAUUAAGAAGAUUAACUCUCAAUUAAGAGUAUUACAUUUCACUACAUUUGAUAAUAUAUCAUUUCUUGAUGCAAAUCGUUGGCAAAGAUUGAUUGUACAGUAUUUACCACAUUUAUGCAAAUUCGAAUUUGAAUAUGAUGAAAAAAUUUCCAACACGUUCCAAUUAGGGCCACAUCAUCAACAAAUUAACCAAUUUAUAUCAUUAUUUUGGCUCCAACGACAGUGGUAUUUACACUUGCAGACUGAUGCAUCACCUUUUUCUAACAAUCGAAUAACAUAUUCGAUUCAUUCAUACAGAAAAAAAUGGUAUCAUUUAUGUCAACAUAUGAAAAGUGAUGCACAUUGCCAACAAGAUAAUUCUGUUGAUAUGACUUUACAGAAUAUUCAAAAUCAUGUUAUUCCAUCUUCUCAAAGUGUUGAACUUAUUGCAACCAAUCAUUGUGAUUUCGAACAAUAUCAAUCUUUUAUUGAAAAUAUUAACUCUUUAUUUCAAUUAGUGCAAAUUACUCAUUUGAAUAUUGAUUUAUGUUAUUCAUCCAUUGAUUUAUUUAUUGAUUUCAUAUAUCAUUUACCUUAUCUUGAUUCAUUGAGUAUGUCUUGUUUGCCAAUAUCAGAAUUGAAUAUUUCAUCCACCACACGAUCUAAACUUCAGUUAAUAUCCCAGAAUAAUAGAAUUACAAAAGUGAAUCUUGAAAAGUUGAUAGAAAUCAACCAAAUUCAAUUUAUCAUUAAUCUUUGUUCACGUAUGGAAUUUUUACAAAUCGGAUGUACAAAUGAUAUGGAUUUUGAAUUGUUCAUACGUUUUAUUUUAAUGAAUUAUCGAGCUAAGUCUCUUCAUUGUAUUUAUUUAUUGUGUCUUCAUUUUCCAACAGCAGACAAGAAGACGAUUAAAAAAAUACGAAAUAUGAUUAAUUCGGAAACACUGCUCAAUUAUUAUUCAAUUAAUCGUAUACUUGAUAAAAUUUAUUUACACUGGAAAUAA